GCCCCGGGGCGCCCCCGCGGUUCUGGAGCCGGGGCGGGGCGUGCGCGUCAGCUCGAGCUAGAAAAGGCGGCGGGGCCCGGCCCAGCGAGGUGACAGCCGCGCUCGGACACGGAGGCCGGCCCGACGCCGCCAUGAGCGCCGCGCUCUUCAGCCUGGACGGCCCGGCGCGCGGCGCGCCCUGGCCCGCGGAGCCCGCGCCCUUUUACGAGCCGGGCCGGGCGGGCAAGCCAGGCCGCGGGAGCGAGCCGGGGAGCCUGGCCGAGCCGGGCGCCGUAGCCCCCGCCAUGUACGACGACGAGAGCGCCAUCGACUUCAGCGCCUACAUCGACUCCAUGGCCGCCGUGCCCACCCUAGAGCUGUGCCACGACGAGCUCUUCGCCGACCUCUUCAACAGCAACCACAAGGCGGGCGCGGCGGGCGCCGCCGCGGGAGCCCUGGAGCUGCUGCCCGGCGGCCUCGCGCGCCCGCACGGCCCGGGCACCGCCGCCCCGCGUCCGCUCAAGCGCGAGCCCGACUGGGGCGACGGCGACGCGCCCGGCUCGCUGCUGCCGGCGCAGGUGGCCGCGUGCGCGCAGACGGUGGUGAGCCUGGCGGCCGCGGCGCAGCCCACGCCGCCCACGUCGCCCGAGCCGCCGCGCGGCAGCCCCGGGCCGAGCCCCGCCCCGGGCCCGGCGCGGGAGAAGAGCGCGGGCAAGAGGGGCCCGGACCGCGGCAGCCCGGAGUACCGGCAGCGGCGCGAGCGCAACAACAUCGCCGUGCGCAAGAGCCGCGACAAGGCCAAGCGGCGCAACCAGGAGAUGCAGCAGAAGCUGGUGGAGCUGUCGGCCGAAAACGAGAAACUGCACCAGCGCGUGGAGCAGCUCACGCGGGACCUGGCCGGCCUCCGGCAGUUCUUCAAGCAGCUGCCCAGCCCGCCCUUCCUGCCGGCCGCCGGGGCCGCCGACUGCCGGUAACGCGCGGCCCCGGGGGAGGGGGCGGGAGAGACUCACCAACGACCGAUACCUCAGACCCGACGGGCCCGGGAGCGGAGCGCGCCCCGCCCGGACGCCGCGAGAGCCGCUGGGCGCCGGCCGCAGUGUCUUUGGGACGC